AUGGACUAUCUUCGCAGCUUCGGCUCUGCUGCAGUAUCGACUCUAGUCCAGAAAUCUGGGCUAAAUCUACCGUUCUCGCUGGGUGCCAAGGUUUACUCCUGCGAGACAUUCUGGACCUUGUACGACGCUACUAAACGGGAGGAUGGCAGCCUGGUCUCAGUAUUCGAGUAUGAUCUGACCCAUCCUCUCAACAAGUCCACCAUACCCCUCGCCCGCAACUCCCUCCGCAAGCUACGCACCAUACGACAUCCUGAUGUACUUAAAUUCAUCGAUGUCGUGGAAUCCGACUCAGCCAUUUGCAUCAUGACCGAAAGGGUUCGCCCUCUACCCCUCGCGCUAUCCCAAUCAUCCUCCAAUGUUCCACGCGAGCGAGAGGACUGGCUGAUUUGGGGACUACACCGGAUUUCAGUUGCUCUUGCGUUUCUCAAUGAUUCCGCGUCCUCAACCCAUGGUAAUGUCCGUCCAAAUGCCGUCUUUAUCACCCCUUCAGGAGAGUGGAAGUUGGGAGGCUUCGAGGUGUUGAGCAAUCCAAAAGAUGAUCUUUCUGUUAUAUAUACCAUGGGCGGCCUCAUGCCAGACGCAAUGGCAUGUGCACCGCCAGAAGUCAAGAAAGAGGGUUGGUCUGCCCUCAAAGACCUACCAGUACCAGCUGCAGAUGGAUACGCUCUCGGUCUACUUCUACAUGCCGUCUUCAAUCCCACCCACCCACCACCACCGACUGCCCAGCCUCCCCAUCCACCGCCUCAAGUCUCUUCUAGAGGUGCCAUACCCUUGUCCGUCUUUUCAUCCUUCAAAAAGCUCCUUAACCCGAAUGCAAAAUUACGAAUGUCACCCAAGAACCUGCUAGACAUUGGUAUGGCAGAGUCGGAUGGAGAAGGACGUGGAUUUUUCGUCCAUAACCGGCUUGUCAAGGUCUGCGCUGGACUGGACGGAUUCACCCUGAGUAGUGAAUCUGACAAGGUAUCAUUACUACGGACGCUAAAGGAAUCCGCAUCUUCAUUUCCCCCCGAAUUCGUCUCUUACCGUAUCCUCCCAUGCCUUGCCUCCGCACUCGAGUUCGGCGGUGCCUCAGCAGCAACCAUCGUGCCUCUCGUCCUCCAAUUCGGAAAGAACGUCGCACACGACGACUAUGGCUCAGUCGUUGUGGCACCCCUGGUUAAACUCUUUGCGAGUGCCGACCGUGGCACACGUAUCGCGCUUCUCGACAAUCUCCCCGACUUUGCCGAAAAACUGGAUAAGAAAACAGUAGUCGAUAAGAUUUGGCCAAACCUGCAAACUGGUUUCACUGACACAGUCGCUGUCAUUCGAGAAGCUACUGUCCGCGCUAUCGUCCUACUUUCUCCCAAGCUAUCCGACCGUAUACUCAACAACGAACUCCUCCGCCACCUCGCCCGCCUUCAAUCAGACCCAGAAGCCUCCAUCCGCACUAACACGUGUAUUCUUAUCGGCCGGCUGGGCCCUUCGCUAGGGUAUAACACAAAACGAAAAGUUCUCGUUCCCGCGUUCAGCAUGGCGCUCAAGGAUUCGUUCGUCCACGCUCGGGUGGCGGGGGUUAUGGCGUUCAUGGCAACCGCGGAGUGCUUCGACAUCGACGACGUGGCUAGUAAAGUCGUUUCAGCUGUUGUAGGUGCUACGCUGGAUAAAGAAAAGUUGGUUCGUGACCAGGCCUUCAAAGCUGUCGAGCUUUUCAUCAAGCGUUUAGAGGCUCACGCUUCGACUAUGCCGGAGACAGCAUCCGCAGAAGACGGCGGGGAAGAUCUACAAGCGAGGCUUCCGGGUGCAUACACGCAGGCUGGCCUUGUGAACUCAGCGACGGGCGCAGCAGCCGCUCUGACAGGGUGGGCUGUAUCGUCCCUCGGCAAAAAGCUUGCCCCUGCGGACAUGCAAACAACGAUCUCGAGUACUAUAGACGCAUCAAUGUCGGCACCAAACAUCAAUGGGCGCGCCAGUUCUCUGCCUGUGUCAUCUGUUUCUCCCUCCGCAAAUCCAUUAAGAAGCAAAGGCCUACAGCUGGGUGGAAAUAAAGCCCCGACUUCUACGCUCGCUGCGCAGCUCGCUGAAGAGGUUGCUAACGAGGCAGGGCAGGGCAGUAGUCGUCUGUGGAACGAUGAUUUGAUCGAUAUCAAUGCUGAUGAAGGAGAUUGGAGCGCGUUCGAGAGCGCUCCACCUGCCGCGGAAUCAAAGCGCGCGAGUGCAACCGAUGGUCUAGGAUUCGGCAUGUCACUGCGGGCCAGUUCUCCAAUUGCUGAUGAAUGGAGCGCAAUGGCAUCUUCAUCUCGACCUACAAGUCGCUCGCCUGAUCUAUGGAAGACGUCACAUUCCUCCCAGAUCUCACGCACGCACUCCCCGCAACCCCGCAGAUCCAUCGUGCCUUCCACCCUUGCACCAGCAUUCUCACCUGCUUCAAGCGCUCGAUCAACGCCAGUAUCAUCCCCUCGACCUCUCCCGAAUACUACUGACAACACACCGCCGAUUAGUAUGGCUGGGAUGUCUAAGGAGGAGAAGGCGGCUGAGAUGGCGAGGAGGAAGGAGGAGAGACGGUUGCGGAUUGAGAAGCUGAAGGAACAGAAAAAGAACGCUGCUGCUGCCGCUGGGAAGGUUUGA